AUGCCUUUUAUGAAUAAAAAAUCUAAUAAAAUAUUAAGUGAGAAUAAGAGUUAUUUUAAAAGCUUUCCAGGAACAGACGGCAAAGAUAAAGUCUUAAGCUCAUUAGAGUAUUAUUCAAACCUAGUCACAUUCCUUUGCAGCACGCCAUAUAGCAAAAAGGUACAAAAGAUUAGCCGAUAA